AUGGACGGUGAUUCCUGGAGCGCUCGUCUUUCCACUGCCUCUAGGCGUUAUCAAAACGCUCUUCAAUCUCGAUCUGAUAUGUUCAUGGGGUUUGAAGAAUUUGAUGGAGAUGAUGAUAUAAGGGAGGAAUUUCCAUGCCCGUUUUGCUCCGAGUAUUUUGAUAUUGUAGGAUUGUGCUGCCACAUCGAUGAAGAACACCCAGUGGAGGCCAAGAAUGGGGUGUGCCCAGUUUGUGCAAUGAGGGUGGGAGUUGAUAUGAUUGAUCAGAUUGAAGAUUUCACCCAAUGCUUGAAUUCCUUAACUAGUAAUUACAUGCAGCGCAAGAGGAAGACCCGAAAUGGUGGAGCUCAUUCAACUCUAUCUUUGUUGAGGAAAGAGCUGCGGGAAGGCAAUUUGCAAUCUCUUUUCGGGGGAUCUUCCUGUAUACUUUCCUCAUCCAAUGCAGCGCCUGAUCCAUUGUUGUCAUCAUUUAUUUUGCCUAUGGCGGAUGAUUUCGUCAGUGUUCAGCCUCACUUCUCAAUUGAAACGAGCUCAGCCAAGAAAAGCAUAGAUGAGAGAUUGUCAGAACGAAAUGUGCCGUCACCUCCUUUGUCGAUCAAAGAUAAGGAAGAGAAGACAAAAAGAUGUGCGUUUGUUCAGGGGAUGUUGUUGUCCACCAUUCUUGAUGACGGUUUAUGA